UCUAUGUGUAGAUGACAUAUUUUUGUUGACUUUUGAAUUGCGAUUUUAAUUAAAAGAAACUACGUGGGUAACAAGGAUCGUGAUUAAAUUCUAGUCCUAUAAAAAGUCACGUUCUAAUUAAUAUUUAAAUAUAGGCCUGUAAAACCGUUUGAUAUCGGUAUGAUAAGUGUUUGUUUGUGGACGUGAAUGCAAGAUGCCGUGCGAAAGCUGUGCGGUACAGUUCAGCGUGUUUAGACACAAAAGAGUUUGUGGUGAAUGUGAGAGGUACUACUGCAGCAGAUGCCUCCGUCGCGGUGGAGGCUCCAUGUGUGCACCAUGCCGGGUGCUGUCCACCCGUCCACUAUCCCGAGCAAACAUCGCUCACCUCAAAGUUCGCGACCUUCAGUGCUUCCUACAUCGUCAAAACGUAUCCACCAGAGGAUGUGUCGAAAAGGAAGAGUUGGUGGGUCUGUGUGUAACACAUGUAAAUAGUCCUGCAUACCGGCGUCGGAGCUCUCGCAAUGAGAACAGUCCAUUCAGUUCUCUUAAAGGAUUAACAGUCAACAUCAAUGAGUUCAUAAGCUCGACGUUCAACCUGAGACCUGCCUCACAACCAUAUCCAGCACCACCACCUCCUACACGUAGCUGUCACAACAAUAGUCACUCGCACGUCCCUGGGCAGCCAACCUCGGACCGCCUCACUACAUCAGGGAGCCGGCACCCCGGCGGCGCCGCCCCGCGCUCCGAGCGCUUCACCACUACUCCGGGUGGCGAAGCCGACAUCCGGGUGCCGAUCCCCCAGGUGACCCCAGAGGGGGAGCGCACCCCGUCCCGCAGCCCCUCCGUGCCGCUCGACACGGCCGACUGCUUCGAGAUCGAGGACCUCGACGACCAGGGCUGGGAGCUCAUCACCAGGCCUGCUGACCCCUUGCCCAACGAUUCAGAAAUACUACUGAGCGCUACAGAUAACCCUCCUCCCAGAGAAGAAAGAGAAGAGCGCAGAGAAACCGAACCAGAACGAGAGGCCGAGCCGCCCGCGGCCAGCCCCGAGCCCGCCACGCUGAGCCCCGGCCUCGGGAGCCACAACCGAGCCGCCUCCGAGCUGGAGCUGCGGCCCUCCGCCCCCCACCCCGACACCGGCAGCCUGCAGGACGAGCCGCUGCCCGCGACCAACCACGGCUCGGCAGAGUCUGCGGCGGACGUGGCGCUGGAGGCGCUGGGCUCGGAGGCUGCGCUGGAGGCGCUCAGCGUCCGGCAGCUGAAGCGGCUGCUGCUGCGGCACCGCGUGGAGUACCGCGGCGCCAUCGAGCGCGCGGACCUGCUGGAGCGGGCGCGCACGCUGUGGCGGGACCAGCGCGCGCACGCCGCCGACCCCGAGCUGCUGCCGCUGGAGGACGCCUGCAAGAUCUGCAUGGCGGCGCGCCUGGAGUGCGUGCUGCUGGAGUGCGGACACAUCGCCACGUGCACCCAGUGCUCCAGCAGGCUCGCGGAGUGCCCCAUCUGCCGCCGGUUCGUCGUCAGGGCCGUCCGCUUCUUCCGCUCCUAGAGCCCCGGACCCACCACCCUAGAUCAUAUUAUUAGUCCUAAAAGGUAUUUAAAAUUCCCCACAGGUUUAAAAUGUAUGACGCGAAAUUGCACAUAGAUUCUGAGGAAAUCGUCGCGGCCCCGGGCCGGUGUCCUGGUCUGCAGCAGGCGCCUCGGCGAGCCAUGGGAAUGUCUGUAUUAUAGCAAUGCUAUGAACAAAUCAAUAUUUAUGGAAUGGCCCGGUUAGGUGCACGGCACAUCUACUUUUUAAAUAACAAUAAGGAAUAAAUCUUAUGAACAAGAUGACGGGCAAACCAAUACAGUGACAUUUGCCGGUAUCGGCCGCGGGCUAUUCGAGGUCACAGCGGACACGAGCGGUCACGGGCCGACACGGGCGGAUCCGGCUCGUCUCUCGUUUAGUUUAGUCGCCAGGGACUUGAAUUAGCGUGAAGGAAUGUAGGAUCAAAUUAUUUGUUUGAAGUUUUCUUGGCAAACCAUUCUAGCGUAUAUUCCAAUUGUCCUUCUGAGUCAGUACUAAUAAUUUAAAUGCUACAAAUUUUUCUAUUUCUAAGACAUAGGCCACUCCUAGCCUUGCGUGAACAUUAUUAAUGGGAUGUUCAAAACAUUGGAACAACUUUAUCAUUCAAGGUUUGUUCAAAAGUACUUAUGUAUGGUAUGUACCUCAGAGAGUUGCAAAACGUAGUGUCUCAUGUGCGUCCUUUUUCUUACCUCUGCCAGCAGCCUCGAGGGGCUGUUCUGGCGUGGCCUCGGGCGGCGGCCGAGCUCACGGGGCCAAUCAAAAAAAAUUACUAAUGUCUGCACCAGCAACAGCACCGCGUCACUGAAUCUACCACCGAAUCGAAAUCGCAACUCAAUGGGCUGUGUCUAUGAGUAAGCGACAAACUGGGUCGCGUGCAAUGAAAAGGAGGACCGGCCCUGCGUGUACAGGCACCGAGACUGGAUGGGAAUGACUCCACUUGACACGCCUGGGACUCCGCCGCCUGGGUCGGUUUGCAGCGCCCGCUCAUCGCGACCCAACACUAGUCCAGGACUAGGGGGUCCGGGGGCCCGGCGUGCUAAUGCAGCUCAUAUCUAUCGCGAGCUACCUCACACCGAGUAAAGAGCUCACUGCUCCCCAAACAAUGUCAUAUUAUAAUUAGCCACGAAAAAAAUUUCAUUUUUAAAAAGCUAUCAUUUUAGUAUUCUUAAAUGAAUAUAAACCACCAUUUAUUGUAAUUAAUUUAAUUAAAAAAAUACGUUUACAAUCUUUUACUUUGAUAUUUGGUGUUGUCGGGGAAACUUACAUGUGAGCUGGCGGGCGUGGUGCCCCCGCGCGCCCCCCACGUGUAGCAGCAAACGUAUUCACUUCAUCAAUUAUGAACAUUUUAUGAAGCGUAUUAAUGUAAAACGCUUCCAUCAGGGUACAGUUGUAUAAACCUUCGUGCGUAGAAACGUAAUGUCGGUCGACUCGAUGUCGUUUAUAAAGUAACUUGUUACGUUUAUAAGUUUCUAUUUGCGCAAUGGAUGUGAUUUAUAUGAAAAUAAAAGUAUUUCAAAACA